AUGAGUCGCAAGGCGGACAAGAUAGGCUCGCUUCUCUUCUGCCCUGAUUGUGGCACGCUCCUGAACCUCCCUCAGGAUGGCGAGUUCGAGGUCACCUGCGAGCAGUGUGGGCACGUUGAACCAGCGAGCUCGUACGAGAACAUCGAGAUCGUGACUAGGUCUCAUCCCGAGGCCUUCCCGUCCGCCCUGAGGCAAAAGCGCAAGACGCAGACGAAGGUGCAUGCUGCAAACGAGGAUUUACUCAAGGUCACGGAGAAGUGCCCGGAGUGUGGGCACAUGGAGGCAUAUUCCAAGGAAGCUCAGCUCCGGAGUGCGGAUGAGGGCUCGACCAUCUUCUAUACUUGCGUGCGGUGCAAAUUUGGAUGGCGAGUCAACAACUAG